CGUCAACGAGUCUAUUUGCUGGCGCAUGGAGACAACGUCCUGCUCGUGACGUCAAUUUGUUAUUAACGAUGAUUAAAACUAACAUUGAUAUUUGAUUUCGUAAAAGUAUGUUCAGUUUAAAAUAUUGAUGAGGGCGAUUUAGCAUUUCAAAACCAGUCUAUUCGAGGAUGACGUUUUCUAAGAAGCUGAUCGGUGUUUGCCUUCUCCUGUGUGUGUUUCCGAAAGGAGCGGGAGGGGGGCCCAUUUGUACCGUCUCUUGUAUCGCGGCCGUCGGUGUUGGUGGUCUACUCCUCGGUACAGCUAUACUGCCUUUGCUGGGGUUCACUUCAACAGGCAUCGCAGCCGGAUCUUGGGCCGCCGGCUGGAUGGCUUCCUUUGGAGGCGCGGUGCCAGCCGGAAGUCUCUUUGCUGCACUCCAAUCAGCCGGCGCUACCGCGUCGUUCUCCCUCAGCACUUACGGUGGCCUGAUGGGCUUUUGUACUGCUCUGUGUUUACCUUUACCAUAGUAACAUUUAUAUUGUAGUGUAUAUUCGAUAAUUCUCAUUAAGUGAAUAAGAGAUUUGUAUGGCAUAUUUAUAUGCUUAAAAUACAGCGGCUAUCGCUUUUAAACUAAAUCACUGUUCUCUGCUUAAAAGAAAAAAAUACGAUUACUAUUAAUUGCUUUUGUUAAAUUAUGUUGGGUUGUUAAUGUGUUUCUCCAAAUAAAAUAAGGCUCGUG